CGGGCUUUGUCCGUUCAACAAUUUCCGCUUGGGGGACAAAACCUUCUCAGCGAAGCACUUGCACUGAAUAUACCCUCAAUACUUGGCUUCUCGAAAUCCCGACCUGAUUUUUAUUAAUUAAAAAUGGUGAUCCACAUAAACACGUUGGAAGAUUCUCCGAUAUGGGCGGCGACACUCGCCCACGUCCAACGAGUCAUCGACCGCCUCAUCGCAAACAGCCCUAUCUACACCCUCUUACUCUCCUCCAUCAAACUCGUCGACGCCCAAAAAGGCACUGUCACCACGCGACUUGUCCUGGAGCCGAACCACGUGAACAGCAGAGGCACGCUCCACGGCGCAGUCUCGGCUACCAUCAUCGACUUCACCACCGGCCUCGCCAUUGCGUCGUGGGAUUUGCGGGAGACGACGGGGGCCAGUGUGGACAUGCACAUCAGCUAUCUCAGCACGGCUAAAAUUGGCGAAACCCUCGAGAUUGUGUCGACGGCAGACAAAGUCGGAGGAAGCAUGUCCUUUUCGACAAUUCGCAUCUCAAAGAUCGCCGAGGAUGGAACAAGCACGCUGGUCACUCUGGGACAGCACACUAAAUAUGGGAAGAACCCUGGGGCUGCUGCAUCUCAACCGCCAACAGCAUAGAUGAUGUCAAAUGGAAUAGACUACAACAAGACUGUCUCUUUGUGCUCUUAAAUUUCUUAGCUUCACAUGGGAAGAUGGAUAGAAUACUACAAAGUCCUCCCAGUCGACGAAGUAAUACCCCCAUCUACCACAAUCUUUUGACC